UGGAAAGUCCCGUCCUGUGCCUGGGAAGCAGGAAGGGAUCAGAGGUGCAGCUAGCCUGACUCUAAGCCAGCCGUCCCACCCCGGGAGCGAGUUUCGGCACCAUGACUGUGGGGGCCAGGCUGGGUGGGAGGGUGAAAGCCAAGUUCUCCUCCUCGGGGCCUGGUGAGGACAAGAUCUCCAUCCUGGAGAGGCAACAGCAGGAGGAGGAGAGCCUGGGAGCCCCGGGCAGCCAGGCAGAGGAGACCUGCCGCUCCAAGAAAGUGCGCUUCGCCUUCCUCCCGGACAACUACGAGCCGCUGCGGCAGGAGGGCUCGGCAGGCAGGAGCAAGUGCAAGAGGAAGCUGAGGAAGUACAGCAAGAAUGUUGGCAAAGCUCUCCAGAAAGGAUGUCGCUACUUGGUGAUUGGCCUGCAAGGAUUAGCAACUGCAUAUGCAGCACCCUUUGGAGUAGCAGCAUCAGUAGCCUCCUUGGUCCGCUAGAGUGGCUCUGCCUGUCUCAUAAAGGAAGAAAAAAUGAGCUUUCAUAGAGGAGUACGGUGAUUUGUACUUUCCUAGCAGUAGAUCUGCUGCUGUGACCUGCAUCUGAAAAUUCUUUUCAACAACAACAACAAAGGAAGAUGCUGACGUGACAGAGUAUUCUAUUCUGGAACAAUCGCAUUUCUCCAGUGCCUUUCAUGCAAACAUCUUAAGUGCUUUUCAGCUAUUAAAAUCAGAUCCAGUGAAAGAAUGUGCAAGCCCAAGGAAAUAAUCAUAAAUUAAUUGAGCCAAAGUUUGUAAUUCUAAAUGACUUAAUUUACUCAAGCCUGAUGCUAUGUGUGAAAAGGAGCAAAGGGGAAGGGAAAGCAAGUAGAAGAGGGAGAGAGGUCUGAGUGGAAAAACAGGAAGGGGAAUAAGGCGCGAGAAGUAGUGGAGAUUUGAUGCUGGUUAUGAGGAGGAAAAGUCAAAAUAAUGUAAGGAAAUGGAGAUAGUAAAGGUAUCAGGAAAAGGUAGCCUCACAGCCUUUGAUUUGCUUGUGUAUUUUAAUGCUUUGUUAGUGACAGCUACAAUCAAUAUGUUCAGAUACUAUAUGUCUCAGGUCUGAGACAUGGUAGGCUUUACUACCUCAGUAUUGCCAAUUCUAGACAUUGAGAAAUCAUGUCUUGGGCCCUGCAAAAUCACGAGAUUUGCUUAAAAAUCACAAGAUUUUAAGAAAAAAUAUAUAUAUUGUUUGCUUUCUGAUUUUUGAGCCUUUAGGGU